AACUCUUUUUUUUUUUGGAGUUAAUUAAUUUAGAGAUGGUGAGAACACCUUGCCGCGACGAAAAUGGUCGUAAAAAGGGUACUUGGACACCUGAAGAAGAUAGAAAAUUAGCUGAUUAUAUUACUAAAUAUGGAUCAUGGAACUGGCGACAACUUCCCAAGUAUGCCGGUCUAGAAAGGUGUGGAAAGAGUUGUAGACUUCGAUGGAUGAAUUACUUAAAACCAAAUGUUAAAAGAGGAAAUUAUACCAAAGAAGAAGAUGAAAUCAUAUUGAACCUCCAUGCUCAACUUGGAAAUAAGUGGUCGGCGAUUUCUGUUCACUUGCCAGGAAGAUCAGACAAUGAGAUAAAGAAUCAUUGGCACACCGCAUUGAAGAAGCGUGCUAAUUAUGCUACAAACUCAAGUAACGACGUCUCAAGCAACAAUAAUAAUAGAAGAAAGAGCAGUAAUGUGGAAAAUCAAAAUGCAAGUGCUAAUAAUAAUAAUAAUAAUAAUAAUAAUAAUAGUAUGCAUGAAAAUAUAGUAUUGGAAAGUUCAGAAUGGUCACCAAAGGAGUCAUCAAGUGAAGAAUUAUCCUCUAUUGAUUAUCAACAAGACAUUUUUCAUGAAGAAUUUGGUAAUUUGGAGGAAAUUACAAGUGGAAGUUUUUGGACAGAACCAUUUGAAGUGGAUAGUAAAAAUGAUUUUGUAGCUCCUUCAAUUGAUUAUUGUGGACUUGUCUGUCCACCUUCUCCUUUUAUACCUCAUGAAUUUCUUUCCUCCUUUGAUCUAGAUCAUUAUGAUUAUAAUUGGUAA